CAGUGGUAACGGUUCUACCUUAUUCAAUUCUGCGCUCGGUGUUAAUCUGGUCGAUAGUAAUGGACGGGACACCUUGAAUGCUUGUUAGCCCGUUACAUGUUUUUCUUAUAACGUUACCCUGUGGUUAGUAUGUGACUUUAUGAAGUUUAUAUUUUGAUCGGGCUAUUUUUUUUUUAUUGAUUGCAAUGGCCACCGAGUGCACUCAAGAGGCGAUCCUGGCUUUUCUAACGGAGAGAGGAGGCAGAGUGAAAAACACGGAUUUAACGAACCAUUUUAAAGCGAUAUUCCCGGACGACCCAGAGAAAAAGGCAAUGAUCCGAGAGAAAUUCAAGAGCUAUGUUGACAACAUUGCAUUUGUAAAAUCGGAGAGUGGAGUUAAAUUUGUCUGCCUGAAGAAAAAGUUUCGGGGUUCAGUGAAAGAAAACGCAUGUGUUGGCAACGGGACAAGUAGGUCAGUUCAAGGCUUGGAUCAGGAGAGGGACACGGUUGCUGAGCAUGGCAGCAGCUCUGUAACAGCUCAGCAGCCAGGACCUACUGAAAAUAAUGACGCUGCACCAGAGCCAUCAAUGCCUUGUGCUGCAGGAGGUGAAGUGCAACAAGAAAUAUCACCUGGAUCAGGUUACGGAAAUGACAGUCAGGUGAGAGUGCCGCAUGCUUUCUCUCCUGCGCCCAUUUUGGCUGACAAAACAGACGAGAAAAGUAACUACCAUGAGUUUGUUUGUGUAGUUGAGGACGUUGAAAGCAGAUCGAGAGAGAUGGGAAGCCUGGUAAGCUCUAGCGGCGAGUCCAAGACGGGUGAAUCCAAGGAGCAGUGCGGGCAUUCACCUCCAGACAUACCGCAGAUUGCAGUGAUUGAAGCUUCACCACUCCCAGCAACUGCAGAUGGAACCAUGUUUACUUUGCCUUCACCCACACAAACUGGUACUGCAGGGCAGGCAGACACAUGUGCUGGACUAAAUCCCAGUCUCUCCGUUGACAGACAGGUUGAAAUAGACGCUGAUUCAUUAUCAGGAGGAAACCUGAGCGAAGCUGACCAGAAUGCUCUGAGUGUGGUGACCCUGCGACCAAACUCCAGAGGAUCCCAGCACAGACUGCUGCCCGGUCAGCCAGAGUCGGAAGGGGAGGACGAGGUGCAGUCGGACACACAGAGUCUGUCUGGGAGCGAGGGGAACAGCACCCCGAAAGGCAGCCGUAAACACUUCAUCGAGGUCAUGAUGAACAGCUCGCCCCAGGUGAGACGCAGCAUAGUGUUUCGCAACUCUGUUUACCUGUCAUCCAGGAGCCAAGACUCCAAAAGCGACAGUGACUCAGCCUCCUUGAUAUCCUGCACCCUGGAGGAUGACCGCACCUCGGUCGCCUUGGACCCGUUGGAACACGAGUGGAUGAUGUGCGCGUCGGACGGGCAGUGGGACAGCCUGCACCGCCUCCUCACCACAGAGCCCUACCUGCUUCUCAAGAAGGAUUUCGUCACUGGUUUCACUUGCUUGCAUUGGGCCGCCAAGCAUGGCAAAUCCGAGCUGCUGGCGCUGAUCAUCAAUUUCGCAAAACAGCAGGCCGUGCCCAUCGACGUCAACGUCCGAUCCAACACCGGCUACACGCCUCUGCACCUGGCUGCCAUGCACAACCACAUGGAGGUGGUGAAGCUCCUGGUGGGUGCCUACGACGCUGACGUGGAAAUCCGAGACUACAGCGGGAAGAAGGCCUGCCAGUAUCUCACUAACAGCGUGACAGCAGACAUGCGGGACAUCAUAGGGGCAUAUGAGAGCUGUCAUUCGGAGAACGCACACGCCAGGGACAGGGGACGCUGGAGGUUCUCCAAGGUUCUCCCGUCUAAUCUGAAGCCACUCAGACUGCGAAACCACAACGAGAGCAACUCAGUGGAAGGGGAGAGUCAUUCAAAGCAGACCCCCCUGAUGAGGACAUCAUCCUUCAGCAGGAUGAAGCAGAAGAUUCGGUACAGGACGUCCCAGAUCGUCCACAGCAGGUCGUUCCGUGACACCGAGGAGCUGGAAAGCUCUUUGAAAGGGUUGUUUAAGUCCAGACCUAAGUCACAUUUUUAUGGAUGAGAUACCCAACAAAAUACAACAGGGAAUAUAGUGUUAAAGAAAUGCAACAGGAAAGAUCAUGUUGUGGCAGAGCAAUACAUUCCUUUUUUGUUUUUGAAUGAGGCUGCAAAUAUCUGAUAUUUUGUGUAGAAAUUCAAUAUGUUUUUAAUUUGACAUUUUUUUUAUGCCAUUAUUACCCUCCUGGGCAGUACUGAGAUGUACUCAUGUAAGGGCUGGAAAGGCUCUGAACAGCAUUCCUAGAUGGAGCAAUAAAACUCUCCAUUGAGACCAGGGAUGAUGAUGAUGAUAACAGUAACAUCAUAUUCAACAUAUCCAUUAGGAUCAUUCAGGUUAAGGGUUUUCCAUUCACAACCAUGCACCGUGAUUAAUAAGCAAUCAUAUCAGAGGCAGGUGAAACUGAGUGGACCAUUUUUGUUUUGUACUAAAAAGCCAGUAUUCUGCUCCCAAAAGCAUUAACUUUUAAGUUUGCCCUUUAACAAAUCUCCUGUUGGCACACAAAUAGCCUUUUUAAUUUAACCUCUUCAUGCCCCACCAAAGAACCUGCAAUGUUUUAUUUUAGAUGCUGACAUUAACAUAAAAUGUAAGCAUGCCACUGUAACACAACACAAGAACGGACUUGUCUAGGAGAGAAAACGCUGUUCUAGGUGUUGUUAUGAAGGGCUUGGCGAGAAACAUCUUUCUCAUUUCAAACCAGAGGGAAAACAAUGUAAAUACUUGCACUUUUAUAAUCAAAACAUAUCUUCAUCCUUUGAAAUUACUAAUACUAUAAAAUAAAGUGCAGUUAUAUGAUUCUGGCACCACAUUUAAUUUAACCUUCACUUGAGUGUUUGGGAUUCUCCUCUUCUACUUAAUUUGUUUAUGAUGACAAAUGGCCAUCAGAGAUAUAGGCUAGUAUCCAAUGAUGUAUAAUGCUCAUUUAUGGCCAAAAUGUCACUUUGUCCCUUUGGCAGCAAACCCUCAAAAUGAUAGUAUCAGCAUGAACAGGCCUUAUAAUAUAAUUAUGCUGACAGCAGUUUGAAACAACUCAGAUUACAUGUUCAGAGCAUAAAUGAUGUGACCUCAGAGGCCUGCUCCCUUUUAUCCGUCCAUGGCUGCCACUGAAGCGUCUUGCCCCCCACUGGAAUCUGGAUCUCUGUAGACAGGUUUCUGUGUCACAGGGUUGUUGCUACUAGGGUUCCAACUGGCUUUGGAAUUUUGGGAGUCAGGGAUUUCAGAGAGAGGUAUUCCAGCAAGGUGAAGUCCACACAGUAAAAAUUCUGUUGAAUUUACAGUAAAUUACUGGCAGCUGUGGUUGCCAGAAUGUCACCGUAAAAAUACGGUGACAACGUAUACACAUUUAUGGUACAUUGUUCUGAGAACCGUAAAUUUCACAGUCAAGAACUGUUGUUCUUUUAUGGUAAAUUACUAUGACAAAACAGAUAUAUUGUUAACUUGUUUACAGGGACUUUCUUUAUAAAUAACUAUUGUCAUAUUAAUUUGUUUCCAGCAUACUGCAGUACAUAUUGUCUGGAAAUGUAACCCUGUUAUAAUCCAUCUGAAAUGAGGCACUGUAUUUUGACUUGAUACCUUGGGGUAGUUUUAAUCUUGUCCAGAUGAACUAAUGGUGCUUGGCACAGUUAUAGAAAUCUUUAUAGCAGUGGUGGGCUGAGCAGUUUUACUCCUUACAAUGAUAUGGAGACACUUAAAGAACACGUGCUUGUUUUUCUGUAUUGCAGGUUGUGUUGUAUCUCUAUAGCCCCAAUUACAUUCACCGUCCAGAUGAUGGACUGAAAUGAUGAGUGUAUCAGGGUAAAACUAAAUGAAGGUUCUCCCUGGCAAUACUGUUACGGUCUAGGCCAGAAGCAGGGGUGUCGUAGUGGGGGGAAAAGCAGGACUGAUUACUCAGGGCCACAGUGAGGGAGGGGGCCCUCGAAAGGCCUGAAAUAAAAAGGUUUGCCUAUUGACCGGCUAUACAAUGGCCCAAUAAGAUUUCUUUUCAUGGGGCCCAAAAUCCCUGGCGGUGCCCCUGGCCAGAAGUCUUCACAUUUUUUCAUGUCCUGGAUCUCCAAGCUGAUCCUCAUUCAAAUCAUAUAUUUUAAGGUCAGAGCAGUGAUGCUGAUGAAUUUAAACCAUUCCUCAUUUUGCUGAGGAUUCCCUCCAAGACCCCCAAGGAUCCCUGCUAGACCCCACUUUCAAAGUCACAAAAACACAAAUUUAAAAAAAAAAAAAGAAAAAAAAAAAAAAAAGCCAGGCUUGGAUGACUUUCCAGGAGUAGAACAGAAUCUAUUUUGUGACUAGUUACACAUCAGGUGGUUUUCAGCCCAGCUGGAGUGGAAACCAGAGUGAAAGCCAACAUAGUGGGCAGGGCUCUGACUCCCUCCUGCAAAGUCCUGGAAAAGUCACUGGAUGACAGGUCAAGGCCACAGAGGGAACCCUGGCAGGUUUAGGGUCACACAUGUAACUUGCACACAAGCUCUUCAGUCAAUGCAAAAGGCCUCCCCUGGUCACUUUGCAGUUUGGGAAUUACUAAGUUCUGUAUGUCUCUUUUGAGUUGAGUUAUAUUCAUGAUCUUUUAAAGUUAUAAUGCCAUAAUUAUUAUAAUUUUUUGUAACCAUUUUUUCACCCUCUUAACAAAAUUCACAUCAUUUCUUUUUCUUUGUCAAUUACUUUUUUUCCUUUUGUGGUAAUUUUAUGUGAAUUUUUUAAAAUUGAAAUUUAUAUGUAUUUAUAAUAGUUAUAAAUAAUCUUGUACUUUUUUAAUUAGCAAAAACAAAACUGAAAAAAUGACAAGAAAACUAUAUUUGUAAUUAUUACAUUAAUUCAAACAGCAGAACAGUGAUGCUGGUGGAUGUCAGAUUAUUUAGGUGUUAAUAUUCCAAAAGUCAAGAGUUGUGCCACCUGAUCUUUGACUGAGUGUGUCCGAGCUGCAGUCCCGCCGCACAGAGCCUCAGCACCACAGCCUGUUGAUGUGUCAGGAUGUGGCUCAGUGCUUGUUGACUUUCUGAGAAGCCUUGGACUUUUUCAGCAGUCAUUUCCCAUCAUCUGACAUGUUGAUGGUCAAAUUCACCGAGGAGUUUUGUAAGCAUGGCUCUUGUUUGCCAGUGUGGGAGAGUAGAUCAUCUGUCUCUUUUCAAUCUGUUGACUGUUUCCAUAUAAAGAAGCCACGAGCUGCCCCCCUGUCAUUAUGGUGCUGAGGUCACUGCAGCGCAGCCUCAAGGUUUAAUCAGAAGGACAGCGUAUGAGGACAGCUUCUUUUCUGUUUGCCACCAAGUUUUUCAUUUAACCCCCUAAAGACAUCGGAUUUCUUGUUGAAAUGCUUGUGAAAGGCAUCUGAACAGGCUGCAUUCAGACACCUCUACAGGCAUUACCCUCCUGAAACCUGAGCAAACUGCUUCAAUUUCUUUCAAAACAUGGGUAAAGUUCAAUGAGCAACUUAGCAAAAAAACGACAUGAAUAUUUUCAAAAAACUUUAGUGAAAGGUUCUGAGAAAAUGACCUGGAAAUUAGCUUAAAGGAGAGAGAGAGAGAGAGAGAGAGAGAGAGAGAGAAUUAUUAGAAACGUU